GCGCUGGAAACCGACCAUCUGUUUCGUUUAGUUGUCUGUGGAAUAUGCACUGUAUUUUGAGAACUUUCUUACUGUCUCUGUUGCCGUAGUGGAUCCAAUCCAGAGAGAUGUACUCUGUACCUCGCUGAGGCUUUUUACUACACUCAGCUGAAUUAAGACUAAGAGGAAAUCUUUACCGAUAUGGAAGAGGUCUUGGGAACCAUUAUUAAGGAGGCGAGUGCCAACAAGCAUAAGGCUAUCAGGGAGACUUGCUCACAAGCCAUCGAUACAUUACAGUGCAAAGAAUCGCCAACCUCUCUAGGUCCAAGUGAUCUAAGAGAGAUCUGCCUCUUGCCGUUACGGCUAGUCUUGGAAUCAAAGAACAACAAGCUUGCUGCUCAUGCUGUUUCUGGCCUUCAGAAGCUGAUUUCCGAUCCUCGCUUCAAGUCAGAUCCAUCCCAAGAUGAUGAGGAGCACAGACUACCCCUUCAGGUGCUUCAAUGUGUCGCCUCAUCCCCACAGCUUGCUGAAGAUAUCCAGGUAGAAAUCCUAAAGAUUCUCCUGACAGUGACUUGCUCCGCCUCCUGCUCAGUUAGUGCCCUGUCAGUCAUCAAGGUGUCAGAGUUUUGUUUAACGUCACACAACUUGAGUAAGCAUGACGUGCACAGAGCGUGUCAGAUCACGCUGCUACAGAUCCUCAGUAUACUUGCGCAGAAUGCCACGCAACUCAUGAAGCAGCUGUGCAUGGAGUGUUUCCAACAGAGUCCUCAUGCAGGCGUUCGUGCCAUCUCGACCCUGGCCGUAAAACAGACCCUUGGAUCGUUCAGCGUCACUAACAGAAUGCCUCAGGAUAUCGCACAAAAUGAUCAAGAACCAACGCAGGAUGCAGUGACAACGAGUGCAGUCAACAACAAUCUGCAUGUUCCUGGUUCGACGCUAGAUCCACAUGAGGCUUUUGUGCAAGUCCUGCAGUACUUCUGCUCCAAGCUCAAUGACUCACAAAGAGCUUCACAAGGUCACCAUGGCAACCAUGGUCAGCCUCUUCUUACUCUUCAGCUGGAGGCGGUCUUAGCGAUGUUGAGUAACGCUGGCCCUGAGCUGAGGGAGAGUCCCAUACUUGUCAAGGCCAUCUGGCAACAGCUUUGUCCGAGCCUCAUUGCCAUUCUCGGCAUCCCACGAGACGAGAAGUCCAUCGUCUCUUCCCACCACCCAGCCACGCCCGCCGCCUCACCAAAUCACGAGACCAGCCACGCCCGUCACUCGGGCCUCCAAGAUCAAGGGCGUGGCUCUGGGGGUUCUGCGACCGCACCAGCCACGGGUAACUCGUCUGCGAGGAUCGUGUACAGCAUCGCCACGGAGUUGGUGCGUCUUGUAGGAGGUCUGGAGUCUAUGAGGCCUGUUCUUGGAUCUCUGUUCCAUAGGAUGCUACUCUAUCCUCCUCCAGUGCACAGAAAUGAGGCUCUGAAAGUCUUAAAAGAGAUGCUUUCAACGCCUGAGCGUAUAUUGGAUCUGGCUGGUCCUCCUCUAACUGAUCAAGACCCUGAGAAGACUACCAUAGGGAAGGCAGGGAACAAGACAAGAAGCACUGAUAUGGACCUGUUAAAAUUAUUGAUGGAUGGUAUAGCCGGUGCCACGCAAUCCCGUGAUAGUGCCGUGUGCCUGUCCAGCGUCGCCUGUGUGGGGGCGCUCUUGUCCUCGCUGGAUGAGAUAAGUCAGGGCAAGGGUCUGAAUGAGAAGCAGGUGGAACUGAUUCUGAGCCGGGCGCAAGAACAACAGAAAGAAAAUGAUAAUCUGGAUGUUUUACAGGCCCAGAAGUAUGAUAGAGAUGAUGAUUUGCCAAAGCCCGAACUCGUCAUUUUGGGAGUCAAGGAUAAAUCAACAUCAGAUGGAGAAGAAGCCUCUGUUUGCCCUGACAUUGAAGGAGAAGCCAAGGAAGUUCAAAUAGAAAGGAGCGACGAGGAAACAGGAGAGGUUGACAAAGAUGAGAAGACAGAGGAAGCAACUGCGGAAGACGGAGAAGAUGCAGAGUUUGAAGUAGAAAAUGGAGAAGUGACAGCUGAGGAAUUAAGAGGAGGUGAGCCUGAAGAAGAGGAGAUUGAUAUUGCAGAUCUGGGCUGCCGUGUUACAGAGAAAAGUGAGGAGAAGGAGGUGGAGGGUCAGAUGAGCAAAGAUGGGUCGCUAGGAGAUGAUAAAAAAGAGGAGGCAAGUGAGGAUGUAGAUGAGGCAGAACUCUCAAAAGAUGUGGAGCAAGAAUCAACCGAGGGGGCGACACCUGAGGAUGCUGCGGAAUCCACUCCACCUGAAACCAAGAAAUUCGCAAAGAUCGUCCAAGAUGUGGACUCUAAGAUGGCUGACCUAGCAACGGGCGACACCCAUGUGAUGCCGUAUCACCUGGACCAGGAGGAUGAUGCCGACGAUCAGUCCUCCGCAUCAGCUCCCUCCUCCACCUCGUCAUCCUCGACGCCGCUUAUGUCACCGGAGAAGAUUUCGGCGGAGCGACUUCUCGCCGAGCAGCAGGAGCAGAAACGGGAGGAGAUUGAGCGUCUUUCCCGACAGAAUCUCGAGAAGGAAAAGCAGGGAGCGAGGGAUUUCACUGAGGCAUUGGUGGCGCUGUUGCCUGCGAUUAUACCAAUGACGGACACUGUUGAUGUCGAUGAGGCACUCCAGAAAUUCGCAUCACACUUUGUUGCAGGACACUCUUUCCGAAAACAUGGCAUGGACGAUGGUCCACUGGGUCUGAACAUGGCACCGGUCAUCAAUGCAGAUGGUAUUUAUGUAGCCGUCUACUUUGGUCUUCUGCUCAAUCUCAAGUUGAUUCGCAGCGGACACUAUGAGAGCCCUGGUCAGCUUCCACUGACCAAAAAUCAGUUCAUUGAGAGUGUUCAUAACAGCGGAGUGCUGGUUUACCUGUCAUCAGCCUGGCUAGGGGAGCUGUAUCAGAUUCUAAUCUCAAGGGAUCUACUAGGGGAGGCUGGGUACAAGACCAGGUCCUUCCACUGUAAUAAGGCCCUCAUAUCUCUGCUUACUGAUAUUGAUGGGUUGCACAGUCAAGAGCUGGGUGGUCAGAUGCUUCAUGAUGCAGCGUUGCAUAACCAGAAACUACUCAACAUUAUCACAAAGAGUACAACAAAAGCCAGUGAAGCAGGGAUGGCAUUCACCCAGGAUAUUCUGCUGACCCUCUGGAAGCAGCUCUUGGCAGUCCUCGCCGUCCCACUCUCCAUGCGUAACCUGUCCGGUAUUGGCAGCAUUGCGCUCAUGUUGGGCACCGAGGGCGCUAAAGAACAGAAUAUACGAGAUAGAGACGCAAUCUGCCUCAGUCUUGAGGCGUUGCGGAAAGCAGCUGCACUCAGUUGCACUCUCGGUCUACAGGCUCGCUGUGCAGACCUCUUCUCUCAGAUUGCCAAUACCUCCUGCAUGAGCGAAGACCCCGCCCUCCGCCCUCAGCAGACCUCAGGGGCAGGAGGCGAUACGUCGUCCGUCGGUGGGAAGAUGUCCCUGCGAGGGCGCUCUUCAAAAAGUCAGGGAAUACGACUUCAUGCAGCACAUGUACUGAGUCUGGAUGCAAUAUUGUCCAUGGGGCUGGAGAUGGGGAGCCACGCUGGAGAAUGUUGGCAGCAUAUAUUCAAGUGCUGUGCCUAUGUCUCCCAGCUCGAACACUGUCACUUCAGCAGCAACAACCAGCCAUCGAUAGCCCUGCCCAAGGUUACCGACGCCCCUCCGAACACUCCAAAUGGGGACGACUUAGAGCUCAUGAUGCCCUCCUAUGUCCCCAUCCCGUCAGCCGUGCCUGUUGCCCCGACCUUUGACGUGUCAGAAGUCAUCAACAGUGAGAUUGGAAAAGAUACUGGGUUUGAGGUCGGGUCGGCGAGGGGAGGAAUGCUGAGUGCAACGACAGCAGCAAAGGUUGUAUGUGGGCUGUCUUCAGAGGUGGACAGGUAUUUUGAUGAAGCGGCAAAUAACUUGAAUCUGAGUUCCCUGAUUGCCUUUCUUCGGGAGCUGAGAGCUUCGUCCAGACAUCAGCUCUACCAGAACACAACAAAACAGGGUCAGAGUACCAUAGCACCAACCUCCCCCAGGAAGUCUCUUAAUACCUCUGGGCAGGCCAGCACCUCUCUUCUUCUAUUCCGCAUGGGUGAUGUCAUUCUCAAGUGUGCUCGUCAUCCUAGCCGUCCACUGCUGCACCUCAUGCAGGCCUGGAGUGUAGUGGCACCACACUUUAUUGAGGCUGCCUGCCACAGGGACCGUCAUGUCUCCAAGCAGGCCAUUAUAUCCAUCCAUGAUGUCUUGACGGAGCUCCUGUCAGUCAAGAUGGAGCAUCCUUACUUCAACUUCCAUGAGGCCCUCCUCAAGCCUUUUGAGAGCCUUCUGUGUCUUGAGCUGUGUGAUGAGGACGUUCAAGACCAGGUUGUGUCUUCCAUAUGCGAGACUGUAGAAGCCUCCUUCGCCAACAUCAAGUCCGGCUGGCGGCCACUGUUUGGGGCCCUCCGUGCCGUGCGAGUCUACAAGCACCAGUUGACCGAUAACAUGGACGAGGAGACCACAGAUCGUACCGAGCACCCUCUAGCCCCGUUGUUCAAUGUGUUUGAAGCCUUUUUGAAUACAGACAACGUUGCAGUGUUCGCCAACGCCGCUGUUGACUGCAUACUGUGCCUUUUGAAAUUUCUCAGGGGUUCUGGAUGUACCAAUACAUCAGAUAACUUGUCACCAAGUUCCUCUGACCCUCCCUCGCCUGAAAGUCAUGCAAAGACCCUCGACCUGUGCUUCCCAGCUCUCAACUACCUUCAUCGCUGCCACAAGAUCCUCGCCUCCAUCUACACUAUGCCAGCUUGCCCGAUCUUCCGUGGGGCGCAGUCCAUCAAGUUAGGGGCGCAGGAAGUUGUCCCUGAUGAUCCCUUGACCCCGACGUUCCAAUCGGGAGGACAGGCGUUUCGCCGGGCUAGCAGUAAGGAUGAGGAUCUCUUUGAGCCGGUGAUGGCAGAGCAGGUGGAUGAUGCAACAGGGAUCAGUAGGGUCUGGUUCCUUCUGCUGGAGGGUCUGGCAGGAGCCGUGUCGACAUGUCCACGGCAGCACCAACCUCAGACACUAGAGCUGCUUUUUGAGCUGCUGCGAUCAGUUCUGUCUGUUCCAGGUCCGCAAUUUGCUGUAUUUGCCGUCUCGGAGCUCCUUCUACCAAUGUUACACUCCUGGGUUCAGCGUAGUCGACAGUUUGCCUCCGUCUGGGAAGCUACUGCAGCCAACUUCAAGCAUGCGUGCGGUCUGUCCACAGACCUUGUGGUGGAAUACGUUGUGCACUUUGUGAAAAUGGACAUGCCCAUGACAGGACUGUACUCCAUGCUACGCCAGAUGCUGGAUGUGCUGAUCGAGUGUGUUGGGCAACCUAAUGAGUCCGUGUCCAGACUAGGCUGCUCCUGUAUCAGACACUUACUACUGAGUGCAGGUCCUUCAUUCACCCACGACAUGUGGACGGUGGCAUGCUUAGCGAUGCAGCGUGCCAUAGCCAUGAGUCUACGCAACCUGAAGCUCCUGAUGUCGUGUUUCCAGCCGUGGUCCGAUGACUUCAUGGGUGAUAUCUGCCAGGUGAAGGUUGCUGCCAGGAGGGACGUGAGUGAGCUGGAGUACUUAAGGCUGCAGCAGUUGGCUCAACAGGUAUUUCUGUUGGAGUCUCAACGCACUGGAACUGUUGAUGUUGACAAUGAUUCCAACCGGUCCUUCAUUUUUAUCAUCUAUCCGCCCGACAUAGACCUGAAUACAAGCAUAGACCAGAUCAAGAGCAGGGUGUCCUUCAGAGGUGUUGUCCUGGGUCUGCUUGCCCAUCAGCUCCUCAUCCAGACCCUAGGGACAAUCUUCCUCUACGGAGCCGAGAACCAAACCAGCAGGGAGCAAAAUAUGAUUGCUACACCAAGCAGUGUUCCACAGCAUGGUACAACGCUCGGUCAGGAACCAGACCCGGACCUCACGGACAACUCUCUGCCUGGCCUUCUAGCGUACCUCUCACCAAAGAAUCUGGGGCUUCUGUUGGAGUGUUUCGUCCAGUCGUACCAGACAGCUUGCGACUUCAACAGCCGUCCUGGGCUUAAGUUUCUUCUACAGAAAGUGGCUAAGUUUGAGGUGGCCGUCAACUUGUACUGGCAGGCUGGGGUAAGUUUCACGUUUUACCUGCACACUUUGCUGGAGCUUUGCCACCAUGCCAGUGGGGAGAAACUAACACUUGAUCACAUCAAGACUCUAGUGAGACAGCGUGUCGGGGAAGAUUGUCGGCCGUAUUCUCCCAAACCGGUCAAUAAGAGGGUGAGCUUUGAGAACCCUCUAUCUGAGUAUGAGCACGUCGGGGAUGGCGUCAAGAGAGAGCGGUCCGAUACUGACAAUAGCAUCUCUAGCAGGGGCAGUGAGGGAAGCCUUCAGCUACUGUGCGACUUAACAUUCUACCCUUCUAUUCAAAACCCCAAUCCUGACUGGAUUGUUCGCCGCCUUCAUGGCAUCUGUAAUGACAUCUGUGCCUCCUACAUUCAAAUGUACCUUGAUCAGCAAGGAAACAUGGUGGACAUAUCGCGGAUCAAUGAGCAGCCACUGUUCUUCCUUGUCGCUCCAAAAUCUCCUGAGGUACCCUCUAAGCCGAGCGAGUUCUUCGGCUUCGAUGAAGGCGACGAUGAGGAGGAAAGUGAAAAUGAGGAUAAGGACAGCGAGAAUGAAGGGAAAUCCCCAACCCCUAAGGAUACAAGCCCAAAGUUUGCUUCUCACUGGACUCCCAAGAUCAAAUCUGAUUCCCAUGAAGAGGAGAGCGUUGUCGACGUCAUGGAGGAACACUUGAACAAGAAGUCAGGAGAUUCAAAGAAGAAGGGUGAGAGUGUCUACACCGUUGCGUCGCGGAAGACAAUCAAGAGCUUGAUGCAGGAGUACAAGAAGAGGAAGACGCAGCAUUCCAGAUCUGUCUUCGUCAAGAAGCCGACUUACAAAGAGCUGAAAUACACUCAGAUGCUUGAGAGACGGGAUGCUGCUGCUUCCACCGGAUCGUCUCAUGAGGAGCGGCAGCGGCACCAGCAGAUCAAGGAUGAGCAGAGAUCUUCGAUCACGCGAGACAGCGAGGCAGAGAUCAAUACGUGGAGCGACAUGGUGCACACCAUGCUUCAGCUGCUGCAGCUGCUUCCAGACUCCCACUUCCAAGCCCUUCUGCCUGCCGUGUUUCCUGGUAUCAACCAGCUCAUCAGGCAUGUCCUGGAUGACAGGGUAAGGCAGGCGGUGGUAGAGUUCAUGGAUAGAGUGGCUCAUCUCUAUGAAAUUCUCUGAGUCGAGAUCUAAGCCUUUCAGACAUAGGCCCUUUUCAAACUACGGCUUAGGCUUUGGAUUCGUCUUCAGGCUCUGCCCUCUCGUCUAAAACCCUGAGUGCAUAUGCUAAGUAUGCGCAAUUGUCAAAACAACGGCGAGGCCAUGCUAACCUGAGCCCAAUCCAAAGCAGAAGCCAUGGUCUGAGUUUGUGGCUAUGGCUGUUGCUAAGGGUGAUGCAAUAGGUCUCUUAAAGUGGCAAUAAAGCCACAGCUGUUAAAUGGGACUGAGGCCUCACACUGUUUACGUGUUGUAAGGUCACUCAAUUCACACAUGGGCACACUGACAACAUUGGCACUCUUAAAUCAAAAGCACAUUGUUUUCAAACCCACCACGGUUUGGGUGGUUGGAUUUAUUCUGUGUGGCACACUUUGAAAAAUUAUACUUAAUAUUUUACUGCUUUUAAUGUGAAGGUACACGUUUGGUAAUUACUCAAAACAAAUUAACUUAAAAACUGACUUGGUAACGAGCAUUGGAGAG